CUCUGGAUGGGGAUGCGUUGCUGCGGCUGCUGCAAAAUGAAGACACUCUGUUUGAACUUUGCCAUCAGCUGUCUGUGGCUUCUCCCUUCAGUGGUUCAAGAAACAGACAAUUCCUUCGAGUUUCACAACCAACAAUGGAGGGAAGAGGCAGGAGGAAGAGAAGAGGCUGUGGGAGCCACAUUGAAGGUUAAACAUAUGUCCAAAGAUCUACAGAUCAUUGCCACCAAACACAAAACACCUGCUCAUGGCUCACUUGGCCCGUAUGGUUGGCCACAGAACUUUUCCCAAGCCAUGGAUCAGUAUCUGUACCGAGCUGCUCCCAAACCCAAAUCUCCUGCAAAAACACCCCCAAAGGCCAAGAAGAUCCUGGGCUGGGGGGACUUUUACUUCAAUGUGAAAACAAUGAAGUUCAGUCUCUUGGUGACGGGAAAAAUCGUGGACCACAUCAAUGGGACUUUUAGCGUCUACUUCAGGCACAACUCUUCCCGUUUGGGGAACAUAUCCGUCAGCAUCGUCCCGCCCUCCAAAGCUGUUGCAUGGGAAGUUCUGCAUCCUGCAGCUCAGAGUGUUCACACCAAAACCUCAGUCCUGGUUCCACAUGUGCUGCCUCACUUUCAGAGUCCCCCUCACUCCACCAGCUCCACCCCACCUGACCAGCAGAAGCAGCAGCAGGACACGAUGAUGGUGACCGAAUUAAACUGCCGAAUCGAAUACCAGAGAACCAAUCGUUCCAAGAAGACCAAACCGUGCCUGUACAACCCUGGAGAGACCUGCUACUCUGAAAACACCCAGUCUCAGGCGGCCUGGAUCUGUGCUAAACCCUUCAAAGUCAUAUGCAUCUUCAUCGCAUUCACCGGCACUGAUUACAGGCUGGUGCAGAAAAUCUGUCCAGACCACAACUUUCAGAUGGAGCAGAAUCAGCAGCAGCACUUUGGAUGAACGAUUCUGCAGAGCUGAACAUCAGACAUCAAACACUGACUCAUCAUACACCUGACCGACUCUUCCUUUGCCAUUCAAACACAUUUUCAAAAUAUUAGUGAGGGUGCUUGAACAAAUACAUGGGGCCAAUGUAUUACACCAGACACAACGGGGUACCAAUAGUAACUAAGUGGUACCUUUACUCAUUUCACACUGAUGCAGCUGUCAUUUCCCCAUCGGUGUCGUUUAAACAGCAAAAACACUUAAAAUGAGGUAUAGUCAGGUGCAUUAUUGGAGCAUUCUUCUGUUUUUGUGCUCAGUGAAACAACCUUUUUUUCAAAUCCAGCCGUGUCAUGGUGAUCGAUCAAGAUGCAAGAAAACUUGACUUUUCCUUGAUUGGUUGCUUAAAAUGGAUUGCUGCUGAAGUAAACAUGAUUAAUUAAGGAACAAAGUACAAACAUUUUGAACUCUGUGCCUGAUAUACAACCUUUUUUUCCCCGCCAAGCAAAAUUACUACUAAAGACACUUGUGCCAUGUGUUUCAGACAAGUCAUUAGAUCAUUACAGUAGACCCUGAUGUGUUAAUAACCAUAACAUGAGUUUGAACAUGUGAUCUUUGUGUUGUCUGAAACUACACACCCACCUAAAGCUCUAUAUGUUGUGCAGUGUUUUAUAAAUUUUGUUUUCUCGAUAUGAAUUAAUGGACACUAAGUUGUAAAGAUGUUAUUUGGAAAAACAAAGUGCUUUCUUGGCUUACUAAUAAAACAAAAUCGACAUCUGAGUUGUGCCAGACAGAAUUAUCUGAAUUAUCAGGACUGACAAUGAAUCUUGUUUGUUACUCAGUAUUAAUGAAUGAUAAGAUAUUUCCCCUUCAAAGACAUGAACCAUAUAUCCUUAAUCAGUGCCACAAAGUCCAAAAGUCCUUGGCUCCUAUUUAGUUUCACCUUUGUACCUUGAAAGUGUUCU